UUUGCUGAUCUUGCCUUCCAGAGCCAUGUGAAUAGUCAACGUGCAUCGUGACAACAAGCCCCUCCACCAAUGAAGGCAAGAAGAGGUUGUGACAAGAUGUCGACCUGUGUGCUUUCUGUGACCCUGCUCCUCAUCUCCCUGGCACCUUCCUCACGGAGCAGCGACGAUUUCAUCAACUUUGGCAUCAAGGACCGUGACUGGACGUUCAAUCACCUGGCGGUCCACAGUGUAACUGGGAAUGUUUAUGUCGGAGCGGUCAACCGCGUUUACAAACUCUCCAGCAACCUCACCCUGCUGUUGUCUCACAAAACUGGCCCAGAGGAGGACAACAAGCUGUGCUACCCGCCGCUGAUUGUCCAACCUUGUAACGAACCCCUCACCCUGACCAACAAUGUCAACAAACUGCUACUCAUCGAUUACUCAGACAACAGGCUCCUGGUUUGCGGGAGCCUCUUUCAGGGAGUCUGCAAACUCCUGCGAUUGGAUGACCUCUUCAUUCUAGUUGAACCUUCCCAUAAGAAGGAACAUUACCUCUCCAGUGUUAACGAGACUGGGACCAUGUACGGAGUCAUUGUCUCAUCAGAGGGCUCGGACAGCAAGCUCUUCAUCGGUACAGCUGUGGAUGGUAAACAAGACUAUUUCCCCACAAUCUCCAGUCGCAAGUUGCCCCAGGACCCAGAGUCUUCAGCUAUGUUUGAUUACGUCUUGCACAGCGACUUUGUGGCGUCGUUGAUUAAGAUCCCGUCAGAUACCCUGGCACUUGUGUCACACUUUGACAUCUUUUACAUCUACGGAUUCAGCAAUGGAAACUUUGUUUAUUUCCUAACGGUGCAGCCCGAAACAGAAGGAGUUACAGGUUCAUCGAGUGACCAGUUCUACACCUCCAGGAUAGUGCGGUUGUGCAAGGGAGAUGCAAAGUUCCAUUCCUAUGUCUCUCUUCCCGUGGGUUGUGUGAAGGAUGGGAUUGAAUACCGACUGUUGCAGGCCGCAUACUUAGCCAAACCCGGGACGGUCCUGGCCAACUCCCUCAACAUCUCCACCAAUGAUGAUGUCCUCUUCACCAUAUUCUCCAAGGGCCAGAAACAGUAUCACAACCCACCAGCUGAGUCUGCGCUCUGUAUGUUUGUGGUGAAGUUCAUCAACAGACAAAUAAAGGAGAGGCUUCAGUCGUGUUACCGUGGUGAGGGGAGCCUGGAACUGAACUGGUUACUGGGCAAAGAUGUCUACUGUACACAUGCGCCGGUUCCAAUUGACGAUGAUUUUUGUGGGUUGGAUAUAAACCAGCCUCUGGGAGGCUCCGCAUUGGUGGAAGGUUUCACCAUCUUCACUGAGGACAAGGACCGCAUGACGUCGGUGGCAUCGUACGUCUACAACGAUCACUCAGUGGCUUUCGUCGGCACGAAGAGCGGGAAACUUAAAAAGGUGUGUGUGGACGGCCCGGACCAGGGAUGGAGGCCGUACGAGACAGUGCCGGUGAUGGAUGACUCCGUGCUGAGGGACAUGGGAUUCUCCACUGACCAUCGCUACCUGUACCUCAUGUCCCAGCGCCAGUUGGUCAGAGUGCCGGUUGAGUCGUGUGGACAGUAUGUAACGUGUGGUCAGUGCCUGAGCUCGGGAGAUCCGCACUGCGGCUGGUGCGUGCUCCACAACACGUGCAGCAGACAGGACAAGUGUGAAAGGUCUGUGGAGCCCCAUCGCUUUGCCUCAGCCCUGCAGCAGUGUGUGAAGCUGAGUGUACGGCCACAUAGCAUCUCUGUGUCCGAGCACAGUGUCCCGCUCACUCUGAAGGUCAGUGAUGUCCCAGACCUGUCGGCCGGAGUGGUCUGUGCCUUCGGUGAGUUAACGGAGGUGGACGGUCAGUCUGUGGGUGAUGCCAUCGUGUGUGUGAGUCCAGCAGCUAAAGACGUGCCCACUGUCCUCAACAACCAAGACUGGGUGGGAGUCAACCUGCAACUGAAGUCCAGAGAGACGGGCCAGAUGAUUGCCAGCACCGACUUCAAGUUCUUCAACUGCAGUGUCCACCAGCUGUGCCUGUCGUGUGUGACAAGCGCUUUCCGCUGUCACUGGUGUAAAUAUCGCAACCUGUGUACUCACGACCCCAGCAUCUGCUCCUUCCAGGAGGGGAGGGUCAACGCCUCGGAGGAUUGCCCACAGCUGGUCCCCUCCAGCGAGAUCCUCAUCCCCGUGGGAGAAGUGAAGCCAAUCACACUGAGAGCCCGGAACCUUCCACAGCCUCAGUCCGGGCAGCGCGGCUACGAGUGUAUUCUGGUCGUGCAGGGUCUGAGGCAACGGGUGCCGGCUCUGAGAUUCAACAGCUCCAGUGUCCAGUGUCAGAACAGCUCGUACCACUAUGAUGGCGGUGACCUCAGUGACCUGCUGAUCCGUUUCUCCGUGGUGUGGAAUGGGAACUUCAUCAUUGACAACCCGACCAACAUCACAGUUCACUUGUACAAAUGCGAUGCACUACGAGAGAGCUGCGGCCUCUGCCUCAAGGCCAACCAGAAGUUUGAGUGUGGCUGGUGCGAGUCUGAGCAACGAUGCAGCCUGAAGCAACACUGCCACACACGUGCAUCCCAGUGGCUCAACCUGUCCAGCAGCAACGUGAAGUGUACCAACCCUCGCAUCACACAGGUGAGCCCAGACUCAGGGCCGUGGGAAGGAGGAACACUGGUGACUAUCCGCGGAGUCAACCUGGGCCUGGACUUCCUGGACAUUGCCAACAGUGUCCGAGUGGCCGGAGUCCAGUGCAUCCCGUUACUGGACGGUUACAUCAUCGCUGAACAGAUUGUGUGUGAGAUGGGAGAAGCCAGAUUGGUCAAGGAAUCCGGCCCCGUCCAUCUGUGUGUUGGCGAGUGUAAGCCUGACUUCAUGACCGAGUCUUCACAGCUGUACACCUUCGUGAAGCCGUCUCUCCAAGGCCUGGCACCCCAUCGAGGCCCCGAGUCUGGGGGAACCAUGGUGACCAUCACUGGACAACACCUCGGUGCCGGAAGCAAUGUCAACAUUAUGUUCGGCAACCAGACCUGCCAGUUCCACAGGCGCUCCGUGUCUGAGAUUGUGUGCGUGUCCAUGCCGUCUGUACACGGUCCCGGCGUGGUCCGUGUUUCUGUCAGCGUGGACCGCGCGCUGCUGGAGCAGAGCAUGAACUUCGAGUUCAUCGAUGACCCGACCGUGUUGUGGAUCGAACCGGAGUGGAGCAUCGCCAGCGGCAACACUUCCUUGCUCAUCUUUGGAACCAACUUGGAUGUGAUCCAGGAUCCCAAGAUCCGUAUUAAGUUCCACAGCCAGGAAUCCAUCAACGUGUGUGAGGUGGUGAAUGCGACCACCAUGACGUGCCGUGCGCCCGCUCUGAGCCGCGAGUUCCAGCACGGCCACGAGGUGGCAGAACGACCCGACGAGUUUGGCUUUGUAUUCGACAACGUGCGGGCACUGCUGGUCUACAACAACACCAACUUCAUCUUCUACCCCAACCCCAGCUUCGAGGCUCUCAGUGCCAGCGGCACGCUACAACAGAAGCCCGGCGCGCCCAUUAUACUGAAAGGCCGGAACCUACUUCCGCCAGCACCGGGGGGGCCGAAACUGAACUACACGGUGCUGAUCGGCGACACGCCCUGCUCCGUCACCGUGUCCGAGACACAACUACUGUGCGAGCCGCCAAACCUGAGUGGACAGCUCCGCGUCCUGGUGUUGGUGGGGGGACUACAGUUCUCUCCCGGCACGGUCUACAUCUUGUCCGACAGCCUACUGACGCUGCCGGCCACGGUCAGCAUUGUGGCCGGAGGCACCCUGCUCCUGGUCAUCGUGGUCAUAGUGGUCAUCGCCUACAAGCGCAAGUCCCGGGAGAACGACCUGACCUUGAAGCGAUUGCAGAUGCAGAUGGACAACCUGGAGUCAAGAGUGGCCCUGGAGUGCAAGGAAGCGUUUGCGGAGCUUCAGACGGACAUCAACGAGUUGACCAGUGACAUGGACCGAGCGGGGAUUCCCUACCUGGACUACCGGACAUACUCCAUGAGGGUUUUGUUCCCAGGGAUAGAGGAACAUCCGGUUCUGCGGGAGCUGGAGGUCCCUGGCAAUGGGCAGCAGAACGUGGAGAAAGCCCUCAAACUCUUUGGGCAACUCAUCAACAACAAGACCUUCCUGUUGACGUUCAUUCGGACUCUGGAGCUGCAGCGUAGUUUCUCGAUGAGGGACCGGGGGAAUGUAGCGUCGCUGAUCAUGACCGCUCUUCAGGGGAAGCUGGAGUACGCCACAGAUGUGCUCAAACAUCUGCUCAGCGACCUCAUCGAGAAGAACCUGGAGAGCAAGAACCAUCCAAAGCUGUUGCUGCGCAGGACCGAGUCUGUGGCUGAGAAAAUGUUGACCAACUGGUUUGCUUUCCUUCUGCACAAGUUCCUCAAGGAGUGUGCAGGUGAACCGCUCUUCAUGCUAUACUGUGCCAUCAAGCAGCAGAUGGAGAAAGGGCCCAUCGACUCCAUCACAGGUGAAGCUCGCUACUCACUGAGUGAAGACAAGUUAAUCCGACAGCAGACGGAAUACAAGACGCUGAUCCUGAACUGUGUGAAUCCAGAGAAUGAGAACAGUCCUGAGAUUCCCGUGAAGGUUCUCAACUGCGACACCAUCACCCAGGUUAAGGAGAAGAUCCUGGACUCCAGUUACAAGAACGUGCCUUACUCACAGCGACCGCGGGCCGUGGACAUGGACCUAGAGUGGCGUCAGGGGAGAAUGGCUCGGGUGGUUCUCCAGGACGAGGACAUCACCACCAAGAUCGAGAGCGACUGGAAACGUCUCAACACGUUGGUGCACUACCAGGUAUCUGACCGAUCGAUCGUAGCCCUGGUUCCCAAACAGACCUCAUCCUACAACGUUCCGACCACCAAUGCUGUGUGCCGGGCAUCCAUCAGUCGUUACGACUCCACGCUGCGUUACACGGGCAGCCCCGCAGUGCGGUCACGUGCGCCCAUGUCCACUCCACCGCUGCAGCGGGGUCAGGGUGGGUCUAAAGUUUGGCACGUGUUGUGUGUGAAGAACCACGAACAGGGUGGGAGAGCGGUCAAGUUGAAGUGCUGUGAGUUGCGGCAGUCAAGAUGGGUCUAGCGGUCAGUCUACCUCACACGCCUGCUCGCCCUCCAGGGUACACUACAGAAGUUUGUAGACGACCUGUUUGAGACGUUGUUCAGCACGGUUCACCGCGGAUCAGCGCUGCCUCUCGCCAUCAAGUACAUGUUCGACUUCCUGGACGAACAGGCCGACCGGCACGUCAUACAUGACACAGACGUGCGGCACACGUGGAAGAGCAACUGUCUCCCGCUGCGUUUCUGGGUGAACGUGAUCAAGAACCCGCAGUUUGUGUUCGACAUCCACAAGAGCAGCAUCACAGACGCCUGUCUGUCUGUCGUGGCCCAGACCUUCAUGGAUUCCUGCUCCACGUCUGACCACCGUCUGGGCAAAGACUCUCCGUCCAACAAGCUGCUGUACGCCAAGGACAUCCCCAACUACAAGAGCUGGGUGGAGAGGUACUACGCCGACAUUGCCAAGAUGCCAGCCAUCAGUGACCAGGACAUGAACGCCUACCUGGCAGAACAGUCCCGCCUACACGUCACCGAGUUCAACAUGCUCAGCGCACUCAACGAGAUCUACUCCUAUGUGUCCAAGUACAACCAGGAGAUAACGGCAGCCCUGGAUGAGGAUGAGCAGGCGAGACGGCAGCGACUGGGAUACAAGGUGGAGCAGCUGAUUGCCGCCAUGUCACUGGAGAGCUGAGAGAGGGCCGGCACGGCAGCUGCUCGCCAUCAGCGUGAGCGCUGGAGAGAGGGGACCAGUGGGAUAGUACGCAGCACGAUGGACCUGUGGCCUCUGUGGCCGGUACGUGCCAGUGGACAGCUCGCUGCCUGAGUUUGAUCGGGGCAGGACGUUGGUUUUUGUUUAAGGCCGUGUGCAGAACGCUACCUUGAGCUGAGCUGCUGGUGGACGUCUGUAACACUCCGCACCUCUGGCCAACUGCAAUCUCUGCAGCCAAUGGUCACUCGGUCAUUGUUGGUUGCACCAGGGCGUUGCUGCGGGAGAACGCGGGAAGAACACAAAGACCCACCACAAUCUCCGUCCCAGAGUGGCCGCAACCUCCAGCCACCUGUGGCCUGAGCAACUGGACAAUCUGCUCUCUGCUGGUCCUCGGCCCAAGACGUUUCCCGUUGACGGAAGCUUGGUGUUUUGAUGGAGAACAUUGAUGCACUUCUGCAGACACGGACCUCUGUGCUCCAUGUUUCUGUUCAUGUUAUUACUGCGUUUAAUAAGAAGAUGGAACCUAUUAUUGCUGCUAUCAUUAGUGAACUGUGUGUGUGUGUGGUCAGUAUGCGACGUGAGGUCAGUCCUGGACCUCGUGUCUACAACCUUCUUGAAUGUAUUUCUGUGGCGCGGUGGGGAGUUAGUACAGGAGAUCUCUCAAUAGACAAUAGACAAUAAAUGCAGGAGUAGGCUAUUCGGCCCUUCGAGCCAGCACCUUGCUGGAGUGGGUUACCCUAGAUCCCAACCCUCCCUCACUCCAGGUGAGUGCCUCUCCCCCCCCUGCAUUGGUUCCCAUCCCAUCACACACCUUCCCCACCUGGUCUUCUUCUUCUAGCGUAUGGCGUGCACAGCCUAAAGUUGACAGACAACUUGUUCUGCUUGAUCUUCUGUUUGUGCACGCCAGGUUGAUUGCAUUCGUUGAAACAGGGUGGAGCAGGUGAAGGUUGCAACCCCCCACUCCUCCCCACCUGAGACGACAUUGUCACCUGUACCUGACCAGGUGCAGUCAAACCCGCCAGGAAGGGACUCAUCCCACGCCCCCACACGCGUGUGAUCAGGGAGACGAGCUGCCCUGGCGACGUGUCCACACGCAUGUCACCGCUCGGCCCCUGGUGUGUAGUUGGUCACGGAGGGGAUGUCAACUGCCCGAUGACUCCAGCACGGUGGUGCAGCGGGUAGAGCUGCUGCCUCACAGCACAGGAGACCCGGGUUUGAUAGUGACUACGGGGGCUGUCAGUACGGAGUUUGCAUGUUCACCCCGUGACCUGCGUGGGUGAGAUCUUCGGUUUCCUCCCACACUCCAAAAGACGGACAGGUUUGUAGGUUAAUUGGUUUGGUAAAUUGUAAAUUGUCCCUAGUGUGUGCAGGAUAGUGUUACAGUGCUGGGAUCGCUGGUCGGCACGGACCCUGUGGGCCGAAGGGCCUGUUUCCGCGCUGUAUCGCUAACGAUAUUUCUCUGCUGCGAUCCCCCUUCUCGCUGCGAGAGCCGGGUCAGUGGGAACCUGCCGGGUGGAUGGUGGCAGCGGUCAGUGGUGGGGACACUGGACAUUGGGCUGCUGACCGGACGGUGAUGGUACAGGGGGACGCACGGACUGUGGCCCCUCACACCGGGCCGGUGUGACCGGGGUCAAGCCGCCACCCUCUCUUGCCGUCCAAGUACAAGUGUGGAACCUGCGAUUACCGGCAAGCAAUACCUCACCUCUCCGUCUCCUCGCUGGAAAACCAAAGGAUUCUGACGGACAUCACUCCCCACCCCCCCACCCCCCACCGACCCACUGCCAGCCCGAAACUGACCGCCCGUCUCCAUGUAAAUAUUGUCCAUAGCUCACGGUGUUGAGCCCCACAACGACCACUCCGCAACGCUGUCAUACGUGAUCCUCUCCCCGUACACACAUGUGUUGCGUGGGUCGCACAUCCGUGUGUAUUGUGUUGUGACGUUGUAUCACGCGUGGCUGCCCGUGGGCGAGACAGGUCUGGGGACGGGCAGUGAACGGGUGGCACAGUGCCAGAUGUUCACUGGGUGAUACGUCCCAGUCAACAUCUGGUUCCAGGUGUGCUGUUACCUCUGUGUUUGGAUAGUUGUAUUGUAACGUGUUUCGCUGCAUGCUGUUAGGGUGAAGGUGAAGUUACUGUGUCCACUGGGCAGGAUGCGGUGGGUGGGGGUGGGGGGAUCAGGGUCACAUUCAUUGGACACACACACACCUCACCUGACAGCUCACUGGCUGGAGGUCUGUAUUGGAAGCUGUACACGUGUAGUGUACACGCACAUCUGUACACGUGUAGUGUACACGCACGUCUGUACACGUGUAGUGUACAUGCACAUCUGCACACGUGUAGUGUACACGCACGUCUGCACACGUGUAGUGUACACGCACAUCUGUACAUGUGUAGUGUACAUGCACAUCUGCACACGUGUAGUGUACACGCACGUCUGCACACGUGUAGUGUACAUGCACAUCUGCACACGUGUAGUGUACACGCACAUCUGUACAUGUGUAGUGUACGCGCACAUCUGCACACGUGUAGUGUACACGCACGUCUGCACACGUGUAGUGUACACGCACGUCUGCACACGUGUAGUGUACACGCACACCUGCACACGUGUAGUGUCCAAGACAGGCAGCAUGGUGGCACAGCGGGUAGAGCUGCUGUCUCACAGCGCCAGAGGCCCAGAUUCCAUCCUGACUACGGGUGCUGUCUGUACGGAGUUUGCAUGUUCUCCCCGUGACCUGCGUGGGUUUUCUCCGAGAUCUUUGCUUUCCUCCCACACUCCAAAGACGUACAGGUUUGUAGGUUAAUUGGCUUGGUGUAUGUGUAAAUUGUCCCUAGUGUGUUAGUGUGCGGGGAUCGCUGGUCGGUGUAUUCUCGGUGGGCCGAGGGGCCUGUUUCCCCGCUGUGCCGCUAAAGUCUAAAGUAAAGGCUGAAUUUAGUCCCACUAGCCAGCAUUGGACCCACAUCCCUCCAAACAGUCCCCACAUUCCCCAUCCAAACACACAGAUCUUUACCUACUUUCUGAAGACGGGUCUCAACCUGAAACGUCACCCAUUCCUUCUCUCCACAGAUGCUGCCUGACCCACUGAGUUACUCCAGCACUCUGUGAAACAUCACCUAUCCAUGUUCUCCACAGAUGUUGCCUGACCCACUGAGUUACUCCAGCACUCUGUGUCUAUCUUCAGCAUAUUGUUCUGUUCAGUUUAAUUAUCCCCAGUACAGGGUCAGUGUAAACCUGUUGUCCGUUUGCUAUCGCCAGUUCCCACAGUCCAUGUCUGUACAAACUGUACAAAACACGCUGCCUGUGCCGCUGAGUUGCUCCGGCUUUAUUGUGUCUACCUUCGAUUCAAACUCCCCUCCCCGUCCCUCUCCUCUGUGCCCCGACCACGGGUGCCUUGCCCACCUCCCGGGGUGAGGGGCUUAUCACAGGAGCGUGUUCCAGUCAGUGUCGGGGGGCGGGGGGGGGGGGGGUGGAUCGUACAGUAAACUAUUUAAAAAACCCUCCCUAUUUGUUAUAUUGUGUACCUAUUGUAAAUAUGAAUCACUCCUAUUUUACAAAAGCCAGAAUCACUUUGUACUGUUGUUGUACAGAAAUAAAGGUAACUUGAUAAAACAUCAGAAGAUUACUUUUUUUUCUUGUCGUUUCCUGAGCUGUUAGACUCAGGAAAGAUGCUAAUACCACUCGUUGAUGCUUCAACUAUUACUGACCAACUGCUCACAGCUCAAGGAUUAAUCAAACUCAAGAAAUGGUCUCCAUGUUCUCCACAGAUGCUGCCUGACCCGCUGAGUUACUCCAGCACUCUGUGAAACGUCACCUAUCCAUGUUCUCCACAGAUGCUGCCUGACCCGCUGAGUUACUCCAGCACUCUGUGAUACGUCACCUAUCCAUGUU